GCUGUUUAGACACUUGAUGCCUGCCUAUGAAAGACGUGUAGAGAAUGAGGAUGAGCAGCGCCUUGUCUCCCGACUUGGUCUCCUUGUAUGAAGCCCAACGAGCCUACCGAGCGACCUCAUGAUGGCAGGCAGCAAGCUAACGUUCCUGGUGUUCUUAUUCGCGGUGGUUGUGCUGCCGGCGAUCGUCCACUGCAGGUCCAUCUUCAAUCGUGACCGGCGCAGCGGCAUCUCUGACCAGCGGCUGGCCGAACUCGAGACCCUGGCUGGGCUCAAGUCCCUGCGGCACCGGCUCAAGGGCAUCACGUUCCCAGUUGCCUACGGACUCGUCGAUCCCAACCAAAUUGGCAAGAGGAAGCGCUCCUUCGACUCCCUGGAAGAGUCCCAGCAGGCGCAGCGGCCGUCCCAGCGCGGUGGUCAAGCGGGUGCCACCGACUCUUCUUCCUCGUCGUCCCUCUACCAAAACAUUGUAGACGAUGCGGCGCUCGAAGACUACCUGACCGGACUGCCCACACCCGACGUGACGGCGCAAAGGGUCCGGUCGCCAGACCAGCUCAUCAGGAUAUAGAGCGGCUUCCUUCCUCUCUCGAUCUCGCCCUUCCUUUAAGACACCCGCAUCGACGCCUUUGUUCAAUACUCGCUGUAAGACGAAAAUGCCCCCGAUUCGUCUAUAGCCCUCGUACGCUAUUCGUUCAGGUGGUGGUGCUGGCGUCUACGCAUCACAGUGGCUAUUAAGUGAAGCGUAGAAUCUAUGUAAAAAAAGAAGCAACGUUCACUGCUGAAAAGCCAGAAAAAAAAAAGAACACCGAGUUGUUUUCUUAUGUGAAAAAAAAAAAAAUAAGACGAGGAAAAUCAACGAUACAGCCUUACUCCGCAAGCAUAUGUUGUAGUUGUCGAAAUAACGAGUAAAAAAAUAAAAAAUAAUAAAAAAAAGACGAGUGCGGUUCUAGCGAGAGCCGGAGGUGACGAUGACCAAUGAAAAUGAAAUGGGUCAAAGGUUAGCAAAGAAUGGAACCUGGAUAUAGCAAGCAAUGAGGGACUGCCGCGCUCAACACUUUUCCUCAGACGAAACAGUCCACCACGCUUCUUCUAGUGCUUUUUGUGCACGAUGCACUCGCAGCGUCCAGUGUUUCCCUCUCUCUCUCUUUUUACCACUGCUGUGCUGAGGCUUCUCCUUUCUUUGUUUCCUUAACAAUAUGUUCGUUUGAAAGACAUGUGUGACGCUUUAUUGUGAGCGCCUUGGCAAUUGUCGACGAUGUGCCCAACACCAACUGUUUGUAGUGAUGAUAAAUUGUUAUGGCGCCAAUGCAUCGACAACCAACGCCACGCGAACUUCACUACAGGUGCGUAAAGAAAAAAAAUACAGAAGAUACAUCUUGGAUUAUGAGUACGAAACUUUGGUAGAAGUGUUUUCCGAUGAAGUUGAAACACUUGUGCACGCUGAUUCCAUGUAGAAAUUGGGCUGUUUUACAAUUCUUGAGAACGGAGAAUGGGUUGAAUGAAACGCAAUUACAAACGACUAUUUGUUCAUGAUUUUUACGCCGUAGAUACCACGUUGUCUCGUGGGUUUUGGAGAAAGAGGUUUAAAGACGCCUUGGGGCAUCUUGAGGUUGCCAGAAGAUAUCACACGCAUUUCCUUAUAUUCCACCUACGGCAAGACAAACGCUCCAGUCUUGGUCAGCAAAUUUCUUUCUUGUAUUAUAGUGUAUUAUUCACUCCUGCUAAAGCCCCAGCAGGGGCUGCAGUAUGUGUAAAUAAAUAAAUAAAUAAAUAAAUAAAUUAGUCUUGGUAAAUUGAACAGGCUAAGCACAGAGUGGCUAACGACAAUAAUAUAUCGCUGAUGCUUUGAAUAAAUGAGUAAAUGCUGGAGGCGUUGCCGUGAGGAACACCGGCGGUGUUUCUCAUACACCAGCAGGGUGAAUAAUUAGUGAAUAGACGCGUAAUUAAGCUUUCUAACGUCACGUACCGAAUAAAGCAAUAAGCUAAGGCACUUGCCCUUGAGCGCAAAUCAAAAUUUGUGCAAAUACCACCAGUUAACAUCUAUGAAACGGUGCGCAAUGUAAAAACAAAAAAGUUAAUCCUCCUUCUCUAUUUCUCCCGACACGUUUUCUACAUCUUAGUUCACUGGAGUUAGAAUUCUAAAGCGUUCAGUGCUGCCGGCUUCUAAACAUUUCACGAGAGCUUCCCAUAAAGCGCUCCAAUCUGAAAUCUCCUGCCUCCGUAUUAUAGAAUGUUCUCUUUACAUUACGGAAAAUCUUUAUAAUAUCCCCGCAUACAUGUUGUAGCCGAAACACGAACGUCCUUAAUUCAGCUAUGGAACGCUCGUUUUAGGGGGAUGAUAACCGCUCCGGAAGGCAUAAGGUGCCCAGAUCGGUGAAUCCUGGCUGCAAGAGGUACACUCAAGGGAUUCGGCUCAAACGUGGUCCAACUUCAUUAUUAAUAUUUCGUCAUGAUGUUUCUUGAAAAUAAAUUUGCUUUGUACUUUUUGCAAGAGCCGUGGCAGGGGCCGGAUACAGUUGAGCACAUACUUGCAGAAGAUGGGAAAUCAUCGGUGCUCAUUCACUGAAAAAAAACAUCUGACACGAGGCCUACGAAUGCGGACGUAAUCCUAAUGAGAUGCAUCCUAUAUAAUGCGUGCAGGAAUUAGAACGAACGUAGCUAGCGCGGGCACAUCGUCGGCACGGGGCAAAACUGCAGAUUGCAUCACUGCGUCUUGUUGCUUUCUUUACGAUCGCUUGCACUUAGCCCUCAACCGUGGGCUUGUGCUUUCUUAUCAGGGCGGCUACGCGCGAUGAACAACAACAAAAAAAGAAGCAAACAAAUGGGGCACGCUUCUUAACGCUUACAAACCCGCAGUGCGAUGUUUGUCAGACUGUCGUCGGCUAUGAUUGAGUAAUUUAUGCCGCUGCGUUACACGUCAACGUUUCUGUCUCAGACAACUGUACACCUAUAAUACGUGCAAUGAGUGGUUCGAACAUAUGCUUUCCAAUAAACCUCCCCGCCGCGAAACCUCAGUCGACUGUCAUUGGGUCUUUGGUGAGAGAUGCUUAUGAUGAUGUCGUUGUGUUAUGCUCUACAUUGUGAUGUCUUGAGAUUAUAUUUAUUGAAGAUGUGUUGCGCAGAUUGCGUGGAUGUUGUGGAGCUGUUCAUUUUGUAAUUACCCGGGAAUACCCUUUUAGCAGCUACGAGUUUCAAUUGGUCACGUCAGCGCGCGACGUCGUAGAUGACGGUACGAUAUUCGUUGUCGCUAGAAAAUUCAUUUCACUUCACCCAGCGGAGUGUUCUGUCCGAUGUACUUAUUCGCUUGACUCCCAUUAUGCUAUUUAUGAAAUAAAAAGAAUGAUUUCAUUGUAUUAUAUACAUUGCUUUGCCAUUUCAGUGCAAUUGUUUCUGUAGAGUGCCGCCCUCCAUUUCUGUCCUGCGCUGCAUUUUGUAAAUAUAGGCGCAUUUAGAGAGUUCUACUCAGUGUUUGUGCCGGUUAGGAUCAGUGUUGCCAGAAUAAAAUGUAC